ACCAAAAGAUAUGUCAGCAGUGUCAGCUGUUCGUCGUCGCCAUCGCCAUUAUUAUUAGUGUGGGACAGCGAUUGUGUCGGUUGAAAAGUCGGAAGCGAAAAUAAAUCGGUGAUCAUCCGUGUAAUUUCGGAAGGAGGACAUUGGUUCAAGAUGACGACGGGAAUGCCUGAACUAGGCUCGAAGAUCAGCCUUAUCUCCAAGGCGGAUAUUCGAUAUGAAGGGCGAUUAUUUACCGUUGAUCCCCAAGAGUGUACGAUCGCUUUGGCGUCCGUGCGUUCCUUUGGAACUGAAGAGCGCGACACCCAAUUUCCGGUUCCAGCUCAAAACCAGGUGUACGACUACAUCCUUUUCCGUGGAUCGGACAUUAAGGAUAUUCGCAUCAUGAACAACGUCGCCCAUGCUCAGCCUCUAAACGAUCCGGCUAUCAUGCAGCUGUCCGUCCCUCCGUCUUUGGGCGCCCAACAAUACCAACAGCAUCCCAUUCUGGGACACAUGGCGCAUCCUCCAUAUGGGUCGUUUCUUCCCAUGGGCGGUUUGUCCAGCAAUGCUGGCGCCCCAGGCAUGCAAGCCGCUGGCAUCAAUCGAGGAGCUACAGCGGUUGGAAGCUCAAAGCCAAUUGGACCGCCGUCAUCCAUCUUGUCGCCCCCUCCUGUAGGAGAACAACCUCCAAGAUCCAAUGAACACUCCGAUUCUGUUCUAGAAUUUAUGGGCGGCGUUGUCAGUCGAAGCACCACACCAGCUUCAAUGGGUUCUCGAAAGUCCGGGUCAGUUGACCAAGGAACUCAAGCCGGAAAUGUACAAAAGGAUGGUUCCAAGCGGCAAGCCAAACCCAAUCAGCAACAAAGGGGGCCACCGCAGGCGAGAAAUCGAUCAGGGGAGAGAAGAGACUCUCAAAAUAGAGGCGGUGAUAGUCAGGAAGUAUCGAAUCAGAACUACAAUCAAGGGCGUGCUCAAAACAGGGGCAGAGGCCAACAAACCAAUCAGUACAAUAGAAGUGAUCAAUAUAACAAUAGGAACAAUCAGUACAACAACCGUGGGGGCUGGAAUAACCAAAGGGGCGUACCAAGAGGCAGAGGAAGACCAAAGGCACCAUUUAGACCUGGAAUGACGGCACCUGGUCAAGGAGGAAAUAAGAGAAAUACUCUCAAGUUCGAUAGUGAAUAUGACUUUGAACAGGCCAAUACUGAAUUUGAAGAACUGAGAAGCAAAUUUGCUAAGGCAAAAAUAGAGGAGGCAGGCAGCUCUAAAGCAGAAGUAAACGGAGCCCCAGCGGAGACUGAAAAGAAGGAAGAUUCAGGAAAUGAGACUGGGGCUGGCGAACCGGAGCAAGAGGAGGACCAGGAAGUGUUUUAUGACAAAACCAAGUCAUUCUUUGACAAGAUCUCUUGUGAAGCCGCCGAAAGGGCGAAAGGUAAGUUGCAAAGGACAGACUGGCGCCAGGAAAGGAAAUUGAAUUCCGAAACUUUUGGAGUGGCAGCGACAAGGAGGGGAAGUUACCGUGGGCGCGGAGGAUACCGUGGGGGAUUUCGCGGUGGUUACCGCGGUGGAUACAGAUAUCCUCAACAAAGAAAACCCAAUGAGCAGCAACAAACUAACCAGCAAAGCCAACAAGGCAAGAGUGAUGUGAUCAUAUAUAGUCCGCUAACUAGCGAGGAAGCAAUGGCUAGAAACGCAGCAGAAUCAAUGAAAGCCGAAGAUAACAAAGAUGUUAUUGUUGAUCAAGGUAUUCCAGUUGGAAAAAUAAAUUUUGAUGAUGAGAAAGAUGAUUUGCCAGAUAAUGAGCAAACUGAGGAAAAAGAACCACAGAAAUUAGUGGAAGUUGCAGCUGUAGCUGCUACUUCUUCAGCCUGCGUGGGUCAGUAAAUCCAUGAUCUGAUGAUACAAAACUGGCUUCACUGACACAGGAGUCUGGACAAAACCCUGACUGAUCGACGGUAGAAUUUCAUAACGUCUUCGAAUCGUAAAAUACCAGUUGACUGUGAUUGAUUAAAAUUUGAAAUUUAAAGUGUAGAACUUGGCAAACGUCGUCCCAGAUAAGUAUCUCGUGUGCUUGUAGUGUUUUCUACACUCCCUGGUGUCAGUAUUAACUAGUAGAACAUAUGUGUACCUUAAGUGAUAAAUAUUUUUAUUUUAUAUAUAAAAAAUCCGACGAUGUGGUUGGCUUAGCGUUAGUGUAUAUUUUGUAUGGCUCGUAGAGGUAAAUCUUUUGUUUUUUUUUUAUUCUGGAUAGUUAUUAGGUCAGCUGAAGCAGCACCGAAAUUAAUUUUUUUUUGUAAUUUAUUCCUGGAUUUUUUUUAUAUCAAAUUUUCGCAAUUACUAUUUGGUGAUCUAAAUUAAGAGAUGAGCUUUAAUUUCGCCGAGUUUAACUCUGUUGUUGUAAUUUAUUUAAACAUUUGUUAAAAAACGCUACUAAAUGGAGAUUGUAAGUAAACAAUUGCAUUUAUUA